CUUCCUGGUACGGGACAAUGGAUAUUUUCUACUCUCGUUAGACCGGAGAAGGACUCUCAGCUAUGUGACCAAGACGAAUGCGAGAGUUCAGAACAAGGUCAUGAGUGCCUUGAAGAGAGCGCUUGUGGAGAAGAACCUCACCUGUACCUCACUCCCUGAUACCCGUCUGCCUUCCUAACAUGAGUUCUGACUCAGAGCAGGAUGCUGCCGUGAAGCUUGAACAGGAGCGGGCAGAGAUAGUAGCCAAAUAUGACAAGGGAAAAGAAGGUGCGUCUGUGGAGCCUUGGGAGGAGGCAAACUUUGAUGUCUACAAAGUUGUCGAUCGCUUCGGCUUCCUGCAUGAAAGUGAACUGCCAGCAUAUGACUUGGUGGAGGAGAAGCAAAAGCAACUGGAAGUGGAGAGAACUACAAAAUGGCUGAAGAUGCUGAAAAGCUGGGACAAAUACAAGAACAGCGACAAGCUUGUUAGGAGGAUCUAUAAGGGAAUUCCACUGCAGUUACGAGGCCAGGUUUGGAGUCUACUCCUCGACAUAAACAAAAUUAAAGAAGAAAAGAAGGAUUUCUAUGAGAAACUGAAGAUGAGGGCGAGAAGUCUGUCCCCUGACAUCCGUCAGAUUGACCUGGAUGUCAACCGCACGUACAGGGACCACAUCAUGUUUAUGCAUCGUUACGAUGUCAAACAGCAGGAUCUGUUCCACGUCCUUACAGCCUACUCCAUGUACAACACGGAGGUGGGGUACUGCCAGGGUAUGAGUCACAUCACUGCACUGUUACUGAUCUAUAUGAAUGAAGAGGAUGCAUUCUGGGCACUAGUCAAACUAAUGUCCGGCCAGAAACAUGCCAUGCAUGGGUUUUUUGUGCCAGGCUUCCCCAAGCUGUUGCGUUUCCAGGAGCACCAUGACCGCAUCCUGAAGAAGAUGAUGCCCAAACUUAAACAGCACCUGGACAAGCAAGAGGUCCUCACAAGCCUUUACACCAUGAAAUGGUUCUUCCAGUGUUUCCUGGACAGGACUCCGUUCACUCUGACUCUAAGGAUCUGGGACAUUUACAUUCUGGAAGGAGAGCGUGUCCUGACUGCAAUGUCCUACACAGUACUCAAACUCCACAAAAAGACCCUGUUGAAGUUGUCUAUGGAGGAGCUGGUGGAGUUCCUGCAGGUCACUCUGUCAAAAGAUUUCUUCUUUGACGAUGACUUUGUCAUUGAACAGCUGCAGAAUUCCAUGUCUGAACUCCGACGCGCAAAACUGGAGCUUCCACCCCCAGGUAAGGAAGAUGAGUUUCCAAAGAAACCUUUGGGUCAGCUUCCCCCUGAGCCAACAGCAGGAGCUGCCAAUCAUGUGGCCAAUGGGCAGAUGUCUGGAGGGCAGAUGGGAGAUGAGCAGCCCCCUCAGGAGUCAAGUCCGGUGGCACAAAGUGUGGUUAAGUCAGUGGAAGCUGGCACAGUGGAUAAAGCAGAUGGGACAGCAACCAGCUCACCUGACCAGCACAAGGAGAGCAGGCCGCCCAGUCGCGCCCGCCGUGACUCCCUGGAGAAGCUGCUCCGACCUGGUAAGAACCAGAGACGGGAGGGCAAGGGACCAGAGACCCAAAAAGCACCCCAUACAGAGCGGGUGACAUCCCCUGCCCCUGUACCCAACUCCAGCACUACAGAUGGUGAGAAGCUGCAUGUACAGAACCAUGCGGUGGCCAACCAUAACUCCAAUGCAGGCUCUAGCUCGAGGCGGGAUAUCGCUCCGCUCUGGUUCAAACCCUCAGAAAUAAAGCUGGAAGAGGCUAAAGCUGCAGCUAUGAGGGAGAGCCAGCUGAGCGGGGUUUCUUUGCCUUCCUCUGGUCUCGCAACUCCAGAAGAGGGUGAGCAACUCCGCCGGCCUCGUUCUCGAGGUUUCGUCCCGGGAUCGAACCGCGCCUCUAACGCAUCACAGUAUGAUAAUGUCCCUGGCCCAGAUGGCGACUUCAUGGAGGUUGUGGAACCAGAGCGGCCACCGUCUCACCCCUUCUCUCGCCCCUAUGCAAUACCUCCUACAUGGCAAGCUAGCCCUACGCGGCCCCCCAGUGGUGGCCUCGGAGUUCCACCCUUCAGACAGCCCAAACACAGCAUGCCGCCACUGGCCCCAGACCAUCACGCCCCAGUUCACUACCCCCCUGGCAUGGUCAGGGGGACAACGUCCUAUGGUUUGGAACCACGGCCAGAUGAGAGACUGUAUUCGGAGCGGGAGUACGCAACCACAACACGUACUCCCUCAAACCGCUCGCCCGAAAAAACCUUCAUGAACAACACCUACGGCACCUACCGACGCCAACACGUCCCCGGUCCUCCACUCAAUAUCGCUCCAGCAGAACUGAACAGUACCAGAACCAGUGAGCACCAUCACAGACAACCCACUCGCCUCACAGGGUCCGUCUACCCCCCCACCGAGUAUCAGUAUCAGGGCCACAGACGAGGGGAGCUGGAGGGGCAGGGGUGGAUGCGGGAGAUGGAGGGUGGGCCCCCACGUUCUCCAGGUGGUUUUCCCCGCUCACCAAGCUUCCAGAAGGCUCAGAUGUCACCGGUGCAGCAGUUCACUUUCCCAUCUUCUGGACACCUUGACGCUGUUCUACACAUUCGAGGCACCUACCCAGAACAGCCUGGCAGCAGACAACCUCUCCCUCCACUUUUUGGAGCACCACACUACAGACACGCCUCAGAGGCCUUUGCCAUGCAGGAGUCUAUGCUGCUCUGA